GUUGACAGAGUUGUCAAAAGAAAUUAACAAAAGGCAUGAAGAAAUCUUUGCAGUAUUGAGAAGAAGAAUUACACAAAUAAGCACAAAAAAUCGUUAUAAGGUCUUUAAUUUUCUAAAAUAUUUUUACUGGUGAGUCGUGGAAGCAGUUAUGAUCCUAAAAACACAGUAAAAUAAUGCUUUGCGCAUUGAUAUUCGCGGUCAAAGACAUGCACAGCACCAAACAAUCAAUGAUUCCCGUUUUUCUUGGAAUUUACUAAACACAAACAUACAAAAAGGUAAAUCGCAAUACACGGCAUGACCCUUACACUUCCUACCAUGCCUACAGUGAGGAAAUACCGAAGAGAGACCACUGAAGUGAGCAGCUGUCUCAAGUAUAUGAUUUUCGGUUUCAACGUCUUGUUUUGGAUGUUAGGACUAUGUAUUUUGACUGUGGGCGUCUGGGCAUGGUCCGAAAAAGAUAUUUUCAAUAAUUUAGGAAAGGUGGCAAACGCAGCACUUGACCCGGCAUUUAUUUUGAUAUGUGUAGGCACCGUUACUUUUGUCAUAGGCUUUACUGGCUGUGUAGGUGCUCUGAGGGAAAAUACAUGUCUUCUAGCUACGUACGCUAUCUUCCUGUCGGCUCUUUUGCUCUUUGAAAUGACUGCAGGCAUUCUAGGUUUUAUAUUUAAAGACUGGAUCAAAGCACAAGCAGCUAUAGGGUUUCAAUCGUUCAUAAUCCAUUACAGAGAGGAUCCUGAUCAACAAAACUUAAUAGAUUGGAUACAGGAAGACUGGCUUCAGUGUUGUGGAAUUGAGGGACCCAAAGAUUGGGAUAGAAAUAAUUAUUUUAAUUGUUCGUCUAGAGAUGUAGGAAGCAGGGAAGCUUGUGGAGUUCCGUUUUCAUGCUGUAAACGUCAACCAACGGAACUAAUAACUAACAAACAAUGCGGUUAUGAUGUGAGGAAACCUGGUUUUGCUUUUGACGUGUCAAAAAUAAUAAACGAACAGGGCUGUCUAGAGGCUGUUGAAGAAUGGACUGAGAAAAAUAUGAUUUCUAUUGCUUCCUGCACUUUUGUCGUUUUGUUUCUUCAAAUCCUGGGCAUCUGCUUCGCGCAGAACCUGCGCGGCGACAUCUUCGCGCAGAAGGCCAAGUGGCACUGACAGUUGCGGGCUCCCACGGCCGUCUAGUACAACUUCAUGUACCGCACGGCCUGGGAGUCGCCGCAGUGCUCCGCGCAGUUCGAGCACCUGCGCAUGCUCGACAGGGUGGAGAUCAGUAUCGGGCGAUAGAGAAACCACGCACCAUAUACAUACAAAAGAAUAUACAGCGGCGUUUUCAUAACAAGCAAGGAAAGGAUUUAAUUCUCGUGUUUUCUUUUUGUUCUAUAUCUAUUCUUCAAUAUUGGGACAAGAAUAUAUGCGGUACCUAGCCGUAUAUUGUUUUAUAUGUAUGUGAGAAACACGGCACCGACUUGUGGUGGUAAAUAUGGAAAUGUCAAAUAAAAAUUAUAUAGAAAAUACAGUGUGUGCGCUAUGUGCGCAUUUUUGAAGUGAAACUUCUUACUAACGGCUAUUAAAUUGAAGGAAAUGUUUGAAAAAGUAACUUAUAAUGCCGU